CAUGCCGUCACUUCCGUCGCACUGACCAGCGCCGAGAUGGAUGCUCCGUGGGCUCGGGAGCAGCUCCGGCGGCGUUACCUGUUUCCUCCUGAAGCGGGGCGGGACGGUGAGGACGACGCCAGACCAGAAACCUCCACAGCUGUUGAGAAAAAGGAGCGACCUCUUCCAAGACUUAACAUUCAUUCUGGAUUCUGGAUUUUGGCAUCCAUCGUGGUGACCUAUUACGUUGAUUUCUUUAAGACCUUUAAAGAAAAUUUUCACACCAACAGUUGGUUCCUCUUUGGCGGCGCCUUGCUGCUUGUCAGCCUGUCCAUUGCGUCUUACUGCGUUGUGUAUCUGGAGUGGUAUCGCGGGGUUGAAGAGUAUGAUGUCAAGUACCCAGCGCUGGUGCCCAUCACAACUGCGACUUUCAUUGCGGCGGGGAUUUGCUUCAACCUGGCUCUGUGGAACGUGUGGUCAUUCUUCACUCCCUUGCUGCUGUUCACCCAGUUUAUGGGGGUCGUGAUGUUCAUCUCGCUCCUUGGAUAAGCUCAAGAUUUAAGAACAUGACCGGUUAGCCAGAUGUGGUGGCGCACGCCUUUAAUUCCAGCACUCGGGAGGCAGAGGCAGG